AUGAUGUCCAGGACCAACAGGCCACCCCUGGGGCUGAGGAGACUUGCAACGUUCAUGAAGGACUCUGACAAGAUCGCUGUCACUGUUGGCACUGUGACAGAUGACAACCGCUUGCAGGAGGUCCCCAAGAUGAGGAUAUGUGCCCUGCACUUCACGGAGAUGGCCAGGGCAAGGAUUAUCAAGGCUGGUGGCGAGUGCUUGACAUUCGACCAACUUGCGAUCCAACACCCCACGGGGGAGGGCGCCAUCCUGUUUCGUGGGGCCAAAAAUGCUCGUUUGGCCCACAAGCAUUUUGGCGUCCCUGGUGUGCCCCACUCCAAGACUCGGCCAUAUGUGCGAUCAAAGGGAAGGAAAUUCGAGAAGGCGCGUGGGCGCAGGCAGAGCAGGGGCUUCAAGGUUUGA